AGGUGGAUGUGGACACACAGGAGCGCAUUUAGGAGGAGUCUCCGCUUCCUCGCGUCUCACUUUUGAUUUGACAAGUGAAGAUUCGCGCUUCACAUGACACACACGUAAGAGUAAGAGAUUGCGCGUCUGAGUCCAGUCUGCGGGAUAAAAAAACAAUAAACGAUGGACAGGAGGACGAACUUUGGGGACGUUUUUCACAAAACUCUGAGCGUCUCGGGUAAAAAGAUGGACUCGUUGCGCGCUCCGGGUGCCGAGCCGCCGUGCAGAGAGCGCCAGUCGCCGCUCGGAUCUUUCGAACCGCCCGACUCGGACCCGCUUCAGGCUGUCGGAGGAGGAGUGGGGUCUCUCGGCCUCCCUGGUGGAUCCAUGCGGGCGCCAUACGGCGUUGGAGGCGAGGGCACGAGCGGACAGAGCAGCGGCGGGGAGCAGAGUCCGGACGACGACAGCGACGGCCGGUGCGAGAUGAUGCUCCUGGCGACGGCUCGAGACGGGAGGACGACUUCUGCAGCGGCGGGUGCGUCGAGCGCCAAGUGCGACACGGGGAAGAAGAACCGGGAGCAGAAGAUGCUGCGGCUCAACAUCAACGCGCGCGAGCGGAGACGGAUGCACGACCUGAACGACGCGCUGGACGAGCUGCGAGCGGUCAUCCCUUACGCGCACAGCCCAUCCGUGCGCAAGCUCUCCAAGAUCGCCACGCUGCUCCUCGCCAAGAACUACAUCCUCAUGCAGGCGCAGGCGCUGGAGGAGAUGAGGCGGCUCGUGGCGUACCUGAACCAGGGCCAGGCCGUGUCGCUUGCGCCGAGCCUGAGCGCGUACGAGCAGCCGCCCGGGUACCCCGCGUUCCCCUCCGGAGCCGCCGCGGCCUCUUCAUGCCCCGACAAAUGUGCCCUUUUCAACAGCGUCACCUCCAGUCUGUGUAAACAGUGUACCGACAAGCCUUAAAACUCUCUCUCUCUCUCUCUCUCUCUCUCUCUCUCUCUCUCUCUCUCUCUCUGUGAGACUGAAACUGACGCCUGUAGGCUGCAUUUCAUAUUCCAAGAACGGACAGAAAAGAAUUCUCAACUUUUCUUACAUCGACUAGGAUUUCAGCAGAUUUGCCGCAGAUCCAACAGUUUGUUUUGUUCGUUUUUCUUUCUUUCUUUUUUUUUUUGUUCAGAUACUUGAUAUCUAUGUGUGUGUGUGUGUGUGUGUGUGCGUGCGUGCGCGCGCUGUGUAUGUAUAUAUAAAGUAAGUGCUGGUGCGAGUGAAUUGAAAGCAAACAAAGUCUAUGUGUGAAUGUUGAGGAUGGACAGUUUAUGGAAAUAUGGACCCUAACACAGUGAGCUGUUCCGACCUGGCAACAUGUGAGCAUUACUUUUACUUUGCCUGCACCUUUUAUCCUGGGAGCUCUUGCUUAAUAGCUAUCCUGCAAUAAUAAUAAUAAUAAUAAUAAUAAUAAUAAUAAUAAUAAUAAUGUUUCAGUUAGGAAUUUCACGUCCUUGUUUGAGUUUUGGUGAUAAUAAACUAGUAGCAUCUAUGACUUGGAAAGCAGAGGAUUGGAAAUUGCAGAAAUGAGGGACUUUUUUGUCACAGCUGAUUUAUAACAUUCCCACUGCAGGCUUGUUUGAGUCACUGAAGUUGACUUUGGGUUGAAUUUAUAGGUCUGCAUGCGUGCUAUAAGUCUCUUUGCUGUACAUCUGGCUUCUUUCUUUCUUUUGUAUUCUUUCCCUCCACUCUCAUGCAGCAGGCUGUGAAUGAGAUUUCGGCUUGGGCUUGUUGUCAGGUCAUCCUGAUGAGCACUGCAGAUACAUCCGGUUCACUAUGACUGCACAGGGCCAUUUGUACAUGUUGAUGUCCUGAAAAAAAAAAGCUUUAUUAAAAUAUUUUGAUCAAACUUACACUUUUUCGCCUGGUUGUUUGAUGGGAAAGAGUGUGAAGAGACUAAGGGCUGCUUGGUCAGAUAUUUGUGCAUAUCUGUGAAAGAUUUAAGUGUAGGAUGAAAAGCUAACGAGUCAUGCAAACAUGUUUUCAUUUUUUUAAACAAACCUAUGACAAAAUAAGUCGCAAAAAAUCUAAUAUCGAGAUUAUAUGUGUUAUAAAGUCCUUCUAAAUGAAGGCAUGAUGGAUGAAUAUAGUGGAGUCUGGAGUAUCAUAAGAGAAGGAGACUAAUUAUGAUUAUAAUUAUUGAAACAAUUUCCAUAACGGUGUGUGUCAUGUGUUAAUUGGGAAACAACGAAGUAGGAAAACUGUCGAGUGCAAUCAUUUAAUGAAACGUAGCGUUAAAGCAAUUAAAAGCUCGCGCAGGUGAUUAGGGAAUGUAAUUAUUCACUGGUUUAAUUGGGUGUGUUUAAUCACGACAUCACCGCUCCGUCUCUGAAGUCCGACACUGUGUGCCAGUGGCCAAGGGGAUGAGUU